AUGCAGUCCCUCGUGAUCUUGGUGAUAGCAAGUGGAAUGGUCGCCUGUUACAGCCUGCUGCAGGGCGCGAGGUGCCUGGUGAGUAUUAUCAGGGGUGGCAUCCUUCUCAACAGGCCCUUGGCAUGGGCGAUCUUCUCCUGUGAUCAGCAGGUGAUGGCGUACGUGAUAAUCGGGGCGGUGGCGGUGGCCAUGGAGGCGGCGCUGCUGGGGAAGACCGGGCAGGUGGAGUUCCAGUGGAUGAAGACGUGCGAGCUAUACCAGCGGUUCUGCACGCAGGCGGGGGGCGGCGUUGCGUGCGCCGUCGCCGCCAGCGCCACCAUGGUCGGGAUCGCCCUCGUCUCCGCCUUCAACCUCUUCCGCCUCUACGGCCACGGCAAGGGCAGCAGCAAGUGA